AUGUGGAGUACUAAACCUCCUGAGUACUACUACAUGUGGAGUACUAGACCUCCUGAGUACUACUACAUGUGGAGUACUAGACCUCCUGAGUACUACUACACGUGGAGUACUAGACCUCCUGAGUACUACUACACGUGGAGUACUAGACCUCCUGAGUACUACUACACGUGGAGUACUAGACCUCCUGAGUACUACUACACGUGGAGUACUAGACCUCCUGAGUACUACUACACGUGGAGUACUAGACCUCCUGAGUACUACUACACGUGGGGUACUAGACCUCCUGAGUACUACUACACGUGGGGUACUAGACCUCCUGAGUACUACUACACGUGGAGUACUAGACCUCCUGAGUACUACUACACGUGGAGUACUAGACCUCCUGAGUACUACUACACGUGGAGUACUAGAGCUCCUGAGUACUACUACACGUGGAGUACUAGAGCUCCUGAGUACUACUACACGUGGAGUACUAGAGCUCCUGAGUACUACUACACGUGGAGUACUAGACCUCCUGAGUACUACUACACGUGGAGUACUAGACCUCCUGAGUACUACUACACGUGGAGUACUAAACCUCCUGAGUACUACUACACGUGGAGUACUAAACCUCCUGAGUACUACUACACGUGGAGUACUAGACCUCCUGAGUACUACUACACGUGGAGUACUAGACCUCCUGAGUACUACUACACGUGGAGUACUAGACCUCCUGAGUACUACUACACGUGGAGUACUAGACCUCCUGAGUACUACUACACGUGGAGUACUAGACCUCCUGAGUACUACUACACGUGGAGUACUAGACCUCCUGAGUACUACUACACGUGGAGUACUAGACCUCCUGAGUACUACUACACGUGGAGUACUAGACCUCCUGAGUACUACUACACGUGGAGUACUAGACCUCCUGAGUACUACUACACGUGGAGUACUAGACCUCCUGAGUACUACUACACGUGGAGUACUAGACCUCCUGAGUACUACUACACGUGGAGUACUAGACCUCCUGAGUACUACUACACGUGGAGUACUAGACCUCCUGAGUACUACUACACGUGGAGUACUAGACCUCCUGAGUACUACUACACGUGGAGUACUAGACCUCCUGAGUACUACUACACGUGGAGUACUAGACCUCCUGAGUACUACUACACGUGGAGUACUAGACCUCCUGAGUACUACUACACGUGGAGUACUAGACCUCCUGAGUACUACUACACGUGGAGUACUAGACCUCCUGAGUACUACUACACGUGGAGUACUAGACCUCCUGAGUACUACUACACGUGGAGUACUAGACCUCCUGAGUACUACUACACGUGGAGUACUAGACCUCCUGAGUACUACUACACGUGGAGUACUAGACCUCCUGAGUACUACUACACGUGGAGUACUAGACCUCCUGAGUACUACUACAUGUGGAGUACUAAACCUCCUGAGUACUACUACAUGUGGAGUACUAGACCUCCUGAGUACUACUACACGUGGAGUACUAGACCUCCUGAGUACUACUACACGUGGAGUACUAGACCUCCUGAGUACUACUACACGUGGAGUACUAGACCUCCUGAGUACUACUACAUGUGGAGUACUAAACCUCCUGAGUACUACAACAUGUGGAGUACUAGACCUCCUGAGUACUACUACAUGUGGAGUACUAGACCUCCUGAGUACUACUACAUGUGGAGUACUAGACCUCCUGAGUACUACUACAUGUGGAGUACUAGACCUCCUGAGUACUACUACAUGUGA